UCAGAUUUAAAACACAUCUAUAUUCAUGAAGACUGACUGCAUAAAAACCAUAAUAUGCCAAGAAAGAAAAAAAGAUCCAGUUGAAAUGUUUCACUCUGGACAGCUGGUGAAAGUGUGUGCCCCAAUGGUUCGCUAUUCCAAGCUGGCUUUUAGGACUCUAGUAAGAAAAUACAACUGUGAUCUGUGUUAUACACCAAUGAUAGUUGCUGCUGAUUUUGUCCGAUCUGUAAAAGCAAGGGACAGUGAAUUCACCACAAACCAAGGUGAUUGCCCAUUGAUUGUUCAGUUUGCUGCUAAUGAUGCAAGACUUUUGUCUGAUGCUGCUCACAUAGUCUGUCCUUAUGCAAAUGGAAUAGACAUUAACUGUGGUUGCCCUCAGAGGUGGGCAAUGGCAGAAGGUUAUGGGGCUUGCUUAAUAAAUAAGCCAGAGCUUAUUCGAGAUAUGGUGAAACAAGUAAGAAAUCAAGUGGAAAACCCCAGAUUUUCAAUAUCUAUUAAAAUAAGGAUUCAUGAUGACCUUGCGAGAACUGUAGAUCUUUGUCGAAAGGCUGAAACGACAGGAGUUUCCUGGAUUACAGUGCAUGGAAGAACUGUUGAAGAAAGACACCAGCCAGUCCACUAUGACGCCAUUAAAAUCAUUAAAGAAAAUAUGUCUAUACCUGUAAUUGCUAAUGGAGACAUCAGAACCUUAAAAGAAGCAGAAAAUGUGAGGGAAAUUACUGGGACAAAUGGUGUGAUGGUUGCAAGAGGACUUCUAGCAAACCCAGCUAUGUUUGCUGGAUAUGAGGAAACCCCACUGAAAUGCAUCUGGGACUGGGUUGACAUUGCUCUUGAACUCGGAACUCCUUAUAUGUGUUUCCAUCAGCAUUUAAUGUACAUGAUGGAAAAGAUAACUUCAAAGCAGGAAAAAAGAGUAUUUAAUGCUUUGUCAAGCACAUCAGCCGUGUUAGAUUACCUUACAGACCAUUAUGGCUGUUGACCAACCUUUCUAAAUUAUUUUAAUAAAUAUUUUACACUUACAAUGAACCCAUACAAUCUUGUUUUUUCUUUAUAUCAGUGACUCUCCAGCUUUAGAAUACAAGUCAUCCCCUUGUGAGCAUUUUAAAAACUCAGCCAUAGACCACAGUCUCAG